GCCGCGGAGGCGCAGGCGGAGGGCGGCGAGCGCGGGUGGAGCGAGGCGCAGCUGCGGCGCUACGGCUUCCGCGCGCGGCCCAUCCCGCGCCUCAGCCACGGCGACCCGCGCGCCGAGGAGCUCAUCGAGAACGAGGAGCCAGUGGUGCUGACAGAUACAAACUUGGUAUAUCCUGCCCUAAAAUGGGACUUGGACUACCUCCAGGAGAACAUUGGGAAUGGGGACUUUUCAGUAUACCGAGCCAGCACCCACAAGUUCUUGUAUUAUGAUGAAAAGAAAAUGGCAAAUGUUAAGAACUUCAAGCCCAAGUCAAGCAGGGAAGAAAUGAAAUUCAGUGACUUUGUUGAGCAGCUCCAGGAAAUCCAGCAGCAGGGUAGUGGAGAAAGGUUGUACCUGCAGCAGACCCUGAAUGACACAGUUGGGAGGAAAAUUGUGGUGGAUUUCCUGGGCUUUAACUGGAAUUGGAUCAACAGGCAGCAGGCAAAACGAGGCUGGGGUCAGCUGACAUCCAACUUGCUGCUGAUUGGCAUGGAAGGGAAUGUGACUCCCGCGCAUUAUGAUGAGCAGCAGAAUUUCUUUGCUCAGAUUAAGGGAUACAAGCGGUGUAUCCUGUUUUCCCCUGACCAGUUUGAGUGCCUCUAUCCCUAUCCUGUGCAUCAUCCGUGUGACCGGCAGAGCCAGGUCGACUUUGACAACCCCGACUAUGAGCGGUUUCCCAAUUUCCAGAACAUAGUUGGCUAUGAGGCUGUGGUGGGCCCAGGCGACGUGCUUUAUAUUCCCAUGUACUGGUGGCACCACAUCGAGUCUUUGCUGAAUGGGGGAACGACCAUCACUGUGAACUUCUGGUACAAGGGCGCCCCGACCCCCAAAAGGAUUGAGUACCCACUGAAGGCUCAUCAGAAAGUGGCUAUAAUGAGGAACAUAGAGAAGAUGUUGGGCGAGGCCCUUGGAAGCCCACAAGAGGUGGGUCCCUUGUUGAAUAUGAUGAUUAAGGGGCGGUAUGAAUAAUGCGUGGCCAGUGCAGUGGUGGACGUCCGAGCUGCUUCACCGAGUCCUGGAGGAUAACGAGCGCUAGUAUUGCACGCAGCACUUAAAAGACUAAGGGACCCCUGGCCCAGUUCUGCCCCACUGUGUACUGCUAUAGGGGAUCACCGGCAUCAGAACCUUUCCAUUCAUCUCUUCUUUCGCCUUCCGGAAGAAUGCCAAGGAAGAACCCAGCACCGAUAACUCCUUGUUCCCUGCCUGCUGAGAUCAUAGAGCUUGGCACCUGGUACUUAAAGCAUUAUGAAAUAUGUUUGGAAGGAGGUUGAGUCAGGCUGAUCUCGUCAGCCCCUCGACUCCAUUCCACACACGGGAUGCCUGGAGUUGCAUGAGGGGCGGGCAUGCUAGAGCCAAGCCUGGGGCUGAGAGACUCUCAGCGUGUGGGGGGUGGGGGGCGACCUUUCAGCCACGGACACGUCAGAUGCUUUGUUUUGUUUGGGCAGUAGAAGCAAGUGCAUGACGGCACCUGUGUAGUUGCCUGUUUGGGUGAGUAACUAGGCCGGCCAUUUCGAUCUUCCUUCUGCACCUCAGCGUUAGAAAUCUACCUAGAAAACCUCCACCUUCAAGCCAUCUCACCUCGCAUAUUUAACCUCCAAACUGCGUGAAGGCAGUGCUUUCACUGAUGGUGUAACUUAAAGCACAUUUAUGGUUACAAAUGGAUGAAAGUCAGGUAGAGGUGGAGACGAAAAUGUCUUCCAAGUCUGCCUUGUCUCCUCAGCAGCAAAAACAGCGUUCUGGGGGGCCCCAGCUCUCCCCUUGCCUAAAAACACAAGAAAACAGGCCAAAAUCCCCUUGCACACAACUUCCCUUUACACCACUCAGGAUAUUGGUUCUUUGGACAGCUCACAGUAAGUGUUCCUUUUUUCUUCAGUAAAAGUGUGUUGUGUUGUUUUCUGUCCCGAUAGCUGCAUGGGAGCGUUAGUUCCAUUCCACCCACAGCCUUCUGCAGCCCAGAUCAAGCGAUAAGUGACUAGGCAGAGAAGGGAGAGCAGCAGCCUGGCAGUGAUGUUUUCUGCAGUGGCUUUCUCAGCAGAGGUUUCUGGGUGAGGUGGAAUGCUCCAUUCUCCUUUCCCUGUUUUCCCCAUAACUGGAAGGGAACAUGAAUGUCACUGGUUUUAUUUCGUCAAGACGAGCGUGUGGUGUUGCAAUCCCAGAGGACGAAGGACAAGGUGCUUCCCUGACGUAACGACUAUUGCUUUGUCCCUUUGCCACGGAACAGAAAUCCCUGGAGCAGCUCUCCUUUUCCCAGUGAGAGAGGAAAAUGGCUCACUGCCUGGCCAAACACCUUGGCAUAACGACCCUUUUCCGGGACAGACCACUUUCCUGUCAUUUCCUGUGAAUUCUGGAUGCAGUGGCUGAAAUAGUACUGAGGAGAACGGGGGGGUGGUGUCAGCUGCCACUGGGCUGGGUAAGUGUCUUCAGCGGGACAUUGGGGAGAGCCAUGAGCUUCGUUACAAGCAGACGCUUGUUUUGGCUCUGCGAUUUGCAGGGAGGCCAUGGCGGACCAGUGCUCUGGACACUCUUCGGUCUGGGCUGGGACAGGGUGGCCUGCAGAGGUCGAGGUGGGGCUUCUUGAGUGGCAGCGGCAGUGUGGCCUUUGGCUGAGAGCAAGAGCAGUGCCCAGGCUUCCUGGAGUGCAAUCCUGGGUAGGCUACAGCCUUCACCCGUGUGCUCCCAGGUUGGGCCGCCGGCAGAACCUUGUUCUGUGUAGUGCUCGUGAAGAAAUAGCCGGUGCCUCAGUAGAAGGAAGAAGACGGGACUUAAAUGCAAUCUUUGGAUCUCUUUUUCUUUUUGCCAAAGGUGUAACUUUUGAAAGUUUCUAAACAGUUGGGUUUUUUAAAAAAACAUUGCACUCGACUGGUGCGAAAGCUCAGUUUACAAUGCACUGAUGGACUGAAUUAGUCAAUCUCUUUCUCUUUUUUUUAAUCCUUUGCUUUUUUAUGCCCUGCAGUGGUAUUGGGGAAGUUUGUGUGUGUUCUGGGAUGUGUGAAAACACAUGGGAAAAACAUAAUACCUUCUGAAGUGUAGUUCUUAAAAUACAACUGUUGUUCAAUGACAAAA